CGGAGCGGCAGCCAGAGCGAGCCCGGAGCGAGCCAGCCGGAGGCCCCUUGCGCCGGAGCCGUGGAAAUGGUUUGGCGGCGGCGCUGAAGCCGGGCAGGGCGCGGAGAAGGCGAGAGACGCCCCCCAGCUCCGCGCACCGGACCCCGGAUCCCCCCCUGCCCCCCGCACCCCCCCAGCUCCCGGGCCAAAGGCAGGAGCAUGCGGAAUCUGCGGCUCUUUCUGCUCUGGGUUGUGACUCUGGCUGACACGCAGUGCCAAGUUGUCCAGACCCGGUUCAGCGAGGAGCCGGAGGAUCAGACCGUGGUGGCCGGGCAGAGGCUCGUCCUGUCCUGCGUGGUGCUGAACUACUCCGGGAUCGUGCAAUGGACCAAAGACGGCCUGGCGCUGGGCAUGGGGCAGGGGCUGAAAGCCUGGCCGCGCUACCGCAUCAUCGGCACGGCAGACUCCGGACAAUACAACCUGGAGAUCACCGACGCCGAGCUCUCGGAUGACGCCUUGUACGAGUGCCAGGCCACAGAGGCAGCGCUGCGCUCCCGGCGGGCCAAGCUCACCGUCCUGAUUCCCCCUGAAGACCCGGUGAUCGACGGGGCCCCCGAGAUCCUGCUGCGGGCAGGCACCCCGUACAACCUGACGUGCCGGGCUCGCAGCGCCAAGCCCGCCGCCACCAUCGUCUGGUUCCGGGAUGGGCUGCAGCAGGAAGACGCCAGCACCAGCACGGAAGUGUUAGCAGACGGCAAGAGGGAAACCACGGUCAGCCAGCUCCUCAUCAACCCCACAGACGCGGACAUCGGGCGGGUCUUCGUCUGCCGGAGCACCAACGACGCCGUCCCGGCCGGCAAGGAGACCUCCAUCAAGCUGAACGUGCACCAUCCCCCCACGGUCACCCUCUCCAUCCAGCCCCAGACGGUGCAGGAAGGCGAGCGGGUCGUCUUCACCUGCGUGGCCACCGCCAACCCGGAGAUCAGAGGCUACAGGUGGGCCAAAGGUGGCGUGAUCAUCGAAGAAGCCAAGGACAGCAAGUACGAGACGCAGGUGGAUUAUUCCUUUUUCACGGAGCCCGUCUCGUGCGAGGUGCACAAUGAUGUGGGAAGCACCAACGUCAGCACCCUGGUGGACGUGCACUUCGCCCCUCGGAUCGUGGUGGAUCCCAAGCCCACCACCACCGACAUCGGCUCAGAUGUGACGCUGACGUGCGUGUGGACCGGCAACCCCCCGCUGACCCUCACCUGGACCAAAAAGGAAUCCAACAUGGUGCUGAGCAACAGCAACCAGCUCUACCUGAAAUCGGUCACCCAGGCCGACGCCGGGCAGUACAUCUGCAAAGCCAUCGUGCCCAGGAUCGGCGUGGGGGAGCGGGAGGUCACCCUCUUUGUCAACGGCCCCCCGAUCAUCUCGAGCGAGGCCGUUCAGUAUGCAGUGCGCGGCGACCGCGGGAAAGUGGAGUGUUUCAUCGGGAGCACGCCGCCCCCCGACCGCAUUGCCUGGGCCUGGAAGGAGAACAUCCUGGAAGCUGGCACGCUGGAGCGCUACACGGUGGAGAGAACCAACACGGGCAGCGGGGUCCUUUCCACCCUGACCAUCAACAACGUGAUGGAGGCCGAUUUCCAGACCCGCUACAACUGCACGGCCUGGAAUAGCUUUGGGCCGGGGACGGCCAUCAUCCAGCUGGAGGAGAAAGAAGUCCUGCCCGUGGGCAUCAUCGCCGGAGCCACCAUCGGGGCCAGCAUCCUCCUCAUCUUCUUCCUCGUCGCCCUGGUCUGCUUCCUCUACCGGCGCCGCAAAGGAAGCCGCAAGGACGUGACCCUGCGCAAGCUGGACAUCAAGGUGGAGACGGUGAACCGGGAGCCCCUGACACUGCACGCGGACCGCGAGGAGGACACGGCCAGCGUCUCCACGGCAACCCGUGUCAUGAAGGCCAUCUACUCGUCGUUCAAGGACGACGUGGACCUGAAGCAGGAUAUGCGGUGCGACACCAUCGACACGCGGGAGGAGUACGAACUCAAGGACCCAACCAAUGGCUACUACAACGUUCGCGCCCACGAGGACCGCCCGCCCUCCCGCACCGUGCUCUACGCUGACUACCGCACCCCGGGCCCCGCCCGCUACGACAUGCGCCCCUCCUCCCGCCUCUCCCACUCCAGCGGCUACGCCCAGCUGAACACCUAUAGCCGGGGCCCCGCGUCGGACUACACCACCGAGCCGGCCCCGGGGCCCCCGCCGGGCACCGCCACGGGCGAGACGGCCAGCCAGCUCUCCUACGAGAACUACGGCGGCCACGCCGCCUUCCCGCCCAGCGCCGGCUACGCCACCUACCGCCUGGGCUACAGCCAGCCCCCCCCGCCCAGCCUGGACCGCGCCCCCUACGACGCCUACGACCCCAUGGGCAAGUACGCCAGCGCCACCCGCUUUUCCUACACCUCCCAGCACUCGGACUACGGGCAGCGGUUCCAGCAGCGGAUGCAGACUCACGUCUGAAGGACCUGGGGGCUGUGGGGGGACGAUCCUCACCGGAGACAUGAGGGGGGGGGUCACAGGUACUUUGUGACUGUCCUCUGAUAUUCAGGGGCUUUUCCUGAACCCCCCACGCCCACCCCUCCAGCACCAGGAUUCUCAGCCUGCCCGGCGACUGCACCUCUCACUGCCUGGAUUCAGGGGACCCUGGCAUCCGGCUGACUCUGGGGACCCUCCUCCCCUAUAUCUGAGCUUCCAUCCAGCCACCCAUCAUGUUGUCUUUGUUCGUUCUUUUCAGCCCAUGUCCCCGACUGGAAGGAAAACCGAUUUUUGAGGGGCUGCGGAGCCUCACCCCCACCCCUGCCCUGCUGACGCGUGGCUGGAGGCCGGAGAAAGCGUGCUGGUAGCUGCAGGGGGGGAGAUUCCCUCCCACGGCCUGGAUCCGGAAACUUGCCCCCGGCCAUGCCGGGGAGAGCCGAUUUCUUUGCCACGCGUCGGAUCUUUGAGGGGAGACGGGCCGAGAGCUGAACUCCGCCGGGGGUGAAAGGUUGUGACAACAAGGGGGGAGAGGGUUGUGGGGUGGUGGAAGACCAGUGGCUGAGGGCAGGCGAGGCUGUGCAUUGCCCCGGGGGCCGUGGGAUCCCUGGGGUCUGCAACAGGCUCCCGCACAGCUCGGCCGCUAGGAGGCAGAGAGUUGUGCCGUCUCCGGCUCCCAGGGCAUGAUGGGACUCGCCGCAGCGGGCACAGGGAGCACUGCGCUCUAGAUGUGAACACGCCGGGGGGGCCUGUCGGCCGGCAGGCCGGCUCACCCUGCAACCAGCCUCCGACUGGGCAAAGGGCUCUGAUCCCGCCUCAGCGCCCAUCGCUCAGCGCCUGGCAGGAUCGGGCCCUAACGUGGAAGACUAACCUGGAGCAACAGCUUUCGAUCUAGGCCAUACCCGGGACCCCCAUCCAAUACCAGGACCCCCUAUUCUAGAGCAGGGUCCCAUGUCCAAUACCGGGACCCCCUAUACAAAUCCUCCCUCUUCCAUCCUGGGACCCCCCUACAGUACAGGUACUCCCUAACCUAUCCCAGCACCCCUUUCCCAUAUUGGGAUCCCUCCUGCCCCACUUAGCAAUAUGGGCAGGGUGAAAUGCUCGCGACCCCUACGGUGCGAAUCCCUGACCUAGAUGGCGCUGCUGGCCCUAGGGAGAAAGGUCAGCCCCACACCCGAGUGCUUCCAUUCACGACAGCACAAGCCAGACCCCGGCCAGUCCAGAGUCUCUCAGGGCGGCCGGAUCCCUUGCCGCUUGCACCCCAAAUUGGAUCCCUCCCCCGUGUGGUGUUCCUCUUCAAAAGAAAGCAGGGGGCCCCCAUCUCUCCCCCUGUACCCGGUCCGUCCAGGGCCGAGCUGACUCCGUCCCCCGUCCCUAGCACUUUGAAUAUGUUUCUUUGGGUUUAUGUUGGGUUUUUUUAUAUAUAUAUUUUAUACGGGGGCGGGGCGGGGGGGUUGAUUGGUUGGUUGGGUUUUUUCCUCCGAAAGGACCAAUUGGAAUCCUGCCUCUUCCACCAUUUCCUGUGCCUUGAACUUCAGCUUUAUUUGACCCGUCGGCGUUCGCUUGCGCGGUGGAACCGAGCGAAGGGGGCGGGAGCGCUGGCCGGGCGAAAUGUUUUAGGGGCUGGUGGCACCCCGGGGUGGGGAAGCUGGAGGCUCGUGUCUCCCUCUAGUGUCUGGCACCAGCCACUACAACUGCCUGUCCCCGAGGCCAGGGGAGGAGCUGCCCCUUUAGCCUGAGGCAUCGAGAGCUGUGUUUUUAGAGCUGAAGGUCACGAGUUUGAUCCCCAGUGGCGGGCGCAGUCUCCACUGACGAUAGGGGCUUUCCAGGGCUGCCCACUAAGAAAUGAUGGGGGGCCCUGGGAUUCCCAGGGUUGUUAUUUUGGUGGGGGUGAGGGGUUUCCUUCAAGCUUCCCAAGUAUCCCAGUGAAGCUGCACCCCACCCCUGGAAGGGAUCAGGGGGGCUCUGUUUUCGAAGCCUGGCAGUGCCAUUCCCCAGCCAGGCAGAGGGGGCACUGAUGAGUGACACUGGGUCCCGCCCUGCAGCGUGAGCAAUGCAAGUCCUGAACGGCGCUGAGCCGGACCCCGGCCGCCACCUUCACUGCCCUUUCCGCCAUCGCUCCAUUAGGGAGCAGGACUCGAACCCAGGCCCAACUUCUCCACAGUCACGCCCGGACCAGGUAUCGAACUCUGAUCUCCCGCGUGGCUGGGUAGAGUACGAAGCCACCAGCCCUGUCUUGCCUGUUUCCUCCUAGUACCUACUGGUGUGGCAGGGCCGUAAGCACCCUGGGCCGUUCCCGCCCUGGGCUGCAGCAGUUUUGGAUCUGUUCCGGUGACCUUGCAGCAUCGGUUUCGUUUGGACAAAUCGGGGCCUUGAUUUUAAGUACAGAUAACGCCCCCCCCCCCCCCACAUUACGGAGCCAUUCAGAUACGGUACAGCCGUGAGCCGCGUGGGUUAUCGGCACGUCAGCAGAAGCGGUGAGCCGUGGUUAUAGCGGCCGCUUGGCCGGCCGGAGCCUAUAACAAUCUAGACCGGUGGGGUCGCCAUUUAUUGAAACAUCGCCUGACCCUUUAUUGACCCUGUUUGGAAGCAGCUGGAAUUUGGUCGUGUCUCCUGAUAUGGGCUUUUCCUGCCCUAUUUAUGGGACUUAUCCAGCGGCCAUUAACCUGGCACCUGAGAACUUCACAAUCUUCACUGUGCAGGCCGGGCAGGGCUGGUCUCUGGGGCACCUGGCACUGGCCACUGUCGGAAGGCAGGACACUGGACAGAUGGACCCUUGGGCUGACCUAGGGUCUUAGCCGCCUGGUACAGAUGGGGAACUGCAGCCCAGAGACCCAGAUUUUUACAGGUGUUUUGGCGUAGCUGCGCUCAGCAUCGCAACGCCUAAUUGAUUUAGGAACCCGGAUCAUUUCCAAAGGGGUUUAGGCACUCCAGAGCCUAACCCUCAUGGGCAGCUGAUGGGAUUUUUGCUCCAAAGUACCUAAAUCGUUUUGGAAGCUGAGUUUUAGCUCCCAAAUGAGUUAAGUGUUGCAAAACUGGGCGCAACACUGCCCAGUGUCUGGCUCAGUCAUGCGUCCCGGGUCAGAUGGGAGAACAGAGUUGACCCUGGGUCUACCUGGUCUCAGGAUAACAACCUGAUCCGGGGACCAGCUCUUAACGCGCCACUUUCAGGAGUCACGUUAUUUUGAACUUCAGCUCCCCCCCCUUAAUAAUAAAUUUCUAGCUCUUGUGUUUUUAAAGAUAAAAAACCCAGGAUUUAACCACUAGACAUCACGCUCCUCCCAGCACCUGCAAACUUGACUCUGAAAGGUUCAGAUGCCUGCAGGAGAAUCAAAAGUUUUUUUCCCAGCACAUGAUUUGUGGGAGGUCUGAUUUGCGAUUUGUGAAUGGUUGGGAUUGGCAGCACUGGCAGCGGGAUCUUAAUAUAAAGUCUGAGCCAAAGCUGGCGUCGUGGUCCAUGACUGGAGCCAGGGGCUGCUGCAAUACAGAUAAUAAUGACUAAUAGUCACCAGAAGUAACAAACCAGUGCUGGCUAAUUUGCUGGCAUGAGUCGGUCAUGUGAGAAGGGUUUUUUUUUAUAUGAAUGUAUCUAAAUAUAUAUUUGAUAUAAAUAUCCUGCCAAGCAAAUUCUUGAAAGCCAGAAGCACAUGUUCUUAAUGCUCAGCGGUAUAUAAUUAUAGAUCAACACCCCCCCUAAAACUUCUGCUUUGAGGCAGACAGCUGGCACGGGAAAUUUCAGCCCGAAGGGUUAACGUCUGCAACGUUCUAAGCAACUGAAAACAGGGUCUUAGAAUGGAACAUGUCGGGCAACCUUAACUCUAGGGGGCGCGCCGUGCACCCUGCAGAGAUCAUGGGGGCUUGGCUGGGUGUGUGUAGAGGGCCGUGGAAAAUGAGGGCAAAGCAAUAAUUCCUCGAGGGAGAGGGUUGUGUCUGGGAGGGGGAGCUGGGGAAAAGCCGUAGGGCAUAGCGGGUCCUGAGAGAUCUGUUUUUUCGCUUGAUCUCAGUCUAGCUUCGGGGUUUGAAUGGCCCCUGGACGGCUGCCCUGCGCUUCCCUCUCUUGAGCAUUUGUGCUCCGCAGUGUAAACUGCUUGUGGCUAACUCCAGCUCACGGGGACUGGCUCCCAGGGGUGAGAGCCAGGACGCCUGGGUUCUAUUCCCAGCUCUGGGAGGGGAGGGAGGUCUAGUGGUUAGAUCAGAGGACUGGGAGUCAGUUCCUAGCUGGGGAGGGGAGGGGAGUCUAGUGGUUAGAUCAGAGGACUGGGAGUCUGGACUCCUGGGUUUUGGCUGGUGUAACCCAACCCGUGGGGUGUUCUGUCUCCCCCUAGUGGCGGCUUGGCUGCACAACUAGAGAUUGACGCGCCUGCCACAGCUUGGCUACCGGAUGAGCUCAGGGCUAGCAGAGGCUCAGGCAUCAAGAUUCAGAGGUUCCCACGUACAAUUCCUGCUGUCGACAGCCCACCCGAGGGCGCGGGAUUACGCCCAGGUCCUUGAAUUUGCAGGGGUUUGCAUGAGUAACUUUAAACCAUUUGCAGUCAAACCGGUGCAAGUACUGUGUGUGGAGCAGCCACUGGGAGCUGGGAACCCAGUUCCCGUGGAAUUUCACGGGGAGUUGGGUGCCGAGCUGCCUUCGGUGGCUUUGCAUCCCCCAACAGAGCGCCCCUUGGGCAGCUGGACGAUGGGAGCGGUUCGGCCCUGACGGCGCCAGGUUAGCUCAGUGCCGGAAGCCAGCACAGGAUACGGCCGGGGGCGGGCGGGUUCCUCUCCAUUCGGGACCUCGGUGAUGGGUCGGGCGGCGCUCUCUGCCUUGUCCCACAGCUCUAGAGGGGUCUCGUCAGCUGAGCCCAGCACCUGGGCGGUCUUUCCUUUGCAUCAGGGCACUGGGGCUGUGGAGAGAGACAGGACAGAUCCCCCCACCUACAAACCCCGGCAGUCAGGACCAACCCACCCCUGGGUUCGAUUCACUCCCUCUGGUGCUAAUUCACAAGCCUUCACCCUUGCCAGACACCCCGCCCCCCACCAUGGCUGAGUCCAAGGGUGGGGGAGCAGACCCAGCAUCACCCACUUUGAAGGAGUUAACCUUGAACCCCUCCCCCCCCCCCCAAGGGACCUUUAAAACAGGCCUGAACCUGCACGGCCCUGAGCCCGAGCCCAGGAACCGCGCUCGCGGCCUGCAGCUUUAAUUCAGGCGUCGCCACUAUCAGGCCACGUGGCUUUUUUUCUUCCCUAGCGGUGCCUGUGGGGACCCCCCGGUGACCCCCGUUCUCCCUCGCCCCAGUCUAGAGCAGGGGGGAAGCGGUGACACUGGCCUUCCCCCCGACGGUGCCGGGAUCCUCUUUAGCAAUAGCAACCCUCACUGUGCAAAGCCUGGAGCCGAGCGGCUUUACGUGCGGGAUCAUCUCCGAGGUUAUGCAGCUCCCGCCCCGCACACGCACACACCUUCCAGCUCAUUCCUAAACGCCCAGGCUCAUUGGAUCCCCCACGGGAAUGUGGGGGGGUAUUUUUCUUAGCACAGGCCCUUUUAGAUUUCUAGAGACGUGUAUCUGUGAUUCCCCUGCACCCCUUGCCCGGCCCCACCUUGGAUUAUUUUUUUCAUUUUCCUUUUUUUUUUUUAAAUAUUAUGUACUAUAUUUUUAGUCUUAAA